UCUUUAAUCUUUAGCCUCCAAAAAGUGGAGAGCCAAGCCAAUACCGAUAAGGGCGAAUAAACCCUGGCGAAUGGCGGGGGUUUAAACCGACGGUACGCUCAUUCACUACAAGCAGCGAGUCGCAAGCAUUCUUUAGCCUCCAGAAAGUUCUAACAUGGAGCUCAUCCAAAAUAUCCGUUGUGUAAGAUUGGACAAUCCAUCAUCAAUCUUCUCCUUUUCCCCUUCCAAAAGACACUUCUCCUUCUCACGAGAAUUCAACAAAAACCCACAUGUCUCUUUUCCAAAUCAACCGCUUCCAAAACCAAUCAGCUGCAAAAUUUCAACAGAACAAGACUCUUUCACAAUCAACUACCUCGUACAUUCAUGUGGGUUGCCCUUGGAAUCUGCAAUCUUAACAUCCCAAAAGGUACAGUUUCAAUCCCCUGAAAGACCAGACUCCGUUUUGGCCCUUUUAAGAAACCAUGGAUUCUCCAGAACCCAGAUCUCAAGUCUUGUUAAAAAGCGCCCAUUUCUUCUUUUAUCCAAUCCUACGAAUACACUUUUGCCUAAACUUGACUUCUUUCUCUCUUUAGGUAUGUCAAGGCCUCACCUUGCCAGAACUCUUUCUUCAGACCCAACCCUAUUGACUAGAAGCUUGGAAAACCAAAUUGUACCCUCUUAUAACUUUCUCAAAACCAUCUUGCGUUCUGAUGAAAAGAUUGUUUCUGCUUUUAAGCGUACCACUUGGAUAUUUCUAGAGGAUCUUUCAAAGAAUCUUAUACCAAAUCUUGAGCUUUUGAGAAAAGUAGGCGUGCCACAUUCUUGCAUUUCGUUAUUGCUUACACAUUUCCCUGAAGCUGUGAUGGAAAAUCAUAAAGAGUUUAGUGAAAAUGUAGAGGAAGUGAGAAAAAUGGGAUUUGAUCCAAAUAAAUCAACUUUUGUGCUGGCUGUGCAUGCCCUUUGUGGAAAGUGCAAUAAGUCAAUUUGGGAACGCUGUUUUGAGGUUUAUAAGAGGUGGGGUUGGACUAAAGAUGACAUUCUUUCAGCAUUUAGAAAGCAUCCCCAUUGUAUGAUGCUAUCGGAGAAGAAAAUCAUGAAAGGAAUGGAUUUUUUUGUGAACAAGAUGGGUUGGCCUUCAAAGGAGAUUGUGCAUUGCCCUGUUAUCUUGUUUUUAAGCUUAGAGAAGAGAAUUAUCCCCAGGUGUAAGGUUAUUCAGGUUUUGUGGUCAAAGGGUUUGAUAAAGAAAGAUAUCAGCUUGAAUACCGUGUUGCUUCCUGUGGAGAAGCGCUUUCUGGAGAGGUUUGUGACCAAAUUUGAAGAGGAAGUACCUCAAUUAUUGAGUGUCUAUGAAGGGAAGGUGGAUCCUGAGGGAGUAUGAUUUGGACAUGAAGAAAUUGCUGAGAUCCAACAGUUUUUAGUCUUAAAUCAGAGCAGUUGUUCACUAUAUAUACUGUUCACUUUGCUUGGUUUCUGACAUUAUUUAUGUUUGCAAGAGCACUAAUAGUCCAGUCUUGUUCUUUGAGAAAUAGAAUGUUUUUAGCUACUAAAAAUCUAUUUGUCCUUUGUGCUCUA